CUCCACAUCUAUGUAAGAUACUACAGGUUUAGAGGUGUCUAGGUCUUGAGUAAUACAGCAGCGAAAAGAGUAGUUUUGCAUUCAAAGCGACACUUUUCUAUCACCCAGGCGGAGGUCCUCAUCAGUUAACUCCGAGCGCUCGCUAAUCCUGAAAAAGUUAGCGCGGUCCGUUUCCUGAUGACGGAAGACAUCCAGUCCCUCUUGUCAGCAUUCACCAUGUUCAACAGCAUACAAAAUGUCCCUCGACGAGGAGUUGAGACCUCGUCUGUCCGGUCGCUACGAGGAUGAAGACACAAGCCGGACAACUCCACGAGAGCUUAAUGGCUGGUACUCGUACGCCGUAGCUGCCGAGGUGUUCGCUGUGGUGGGAGUUGGAUCCUUUCUCCCAGUAACUUUGGAGCAGCUGGCCCGGGAACGUGGAUUUCUCUUCUCGAAUCGAUCAGCGCCAUGUAUUGCGCCCGUCGGCUCCGGAUCGCCGAAUGGGUUCAGGAUUCGAGACGAUGAAAGCAGAGAGGAGCAGUGUAUGAUCAAUUUUCUUGGGAGGGAGAUUACGACGUCCAGUUUCGCCAUGUAUACAUUCUCAGCCGCUGUGCUGGUUCAAGCGGUAACUCUGAUUUGUCUAAGUUCCUUCGCCGAUCAUGGGCCGUACCGAAAGAAGAUGUUGCUGACUUUUGCAUACACUGGCUCAGUCGCAAGCGCAUUGUUUGUUUUCAUUUCACCCGCGAUCUACUUUCUUGCUCCUUUUCUCGUCAUCAUCGGCGUAACCUGUCUUGGAUGUUCGUUUUCUUUACUCAACGCCUUUCUACCUUUGCUGGUAUCCAACCACGACGACGAGUCCGCGGAAUCUCUCCUAUCACGGCAGGAGCUUGAAUCCCUCAAUCCCGGGUCUACCGUCCGUCGCUCAGACCCUGAGAAGCUAUCCCGCGACCUCGAGCGUUCCGCAAAGAUAUCCUCCAAAGGCGUAGGGCUAGGCUACAUCGCCGCUGUACUCUUCCAAUGCAUCAGCAUCUUGAUUCUCUUCAUUUUCUCCAAAACCAGUGUCGCGAAACGGUAUCCCAGCAUCCCCAUGCGAGUCAUCCUCCUCUGUGUCGGAAUAUGGUGGGCUCUCUUCUCCAUUCCUACGCUCCUGUUCCUUCGCUCAAGGCCCGGUCCUCCACUCCCAGCCCAAUAUUCCAAGCACCACGGCCCUACUUCCCGGUUACACACAUUCCUCUUCUAUGCUUAUUUCUCUCUCACAUCUUUCUGGGCAACUGUCAAACUCGCCAUUCGCCUCAAGCAGGUCGUACUCUUCCUGAUCGCAUGGUUCCUUCUCUCCGACGCCAUCGCCACCGUCUCCGGCACCGCCGUCCUCUUCGCCCGCACAGAGCUGAACCUUGACACCAUCCCCAUCGCUCUCCUGUCCAUCACGUCCAUUGGUUUCGGGAUCCUGGGAGCGUUCGCCUGGCCUCGCAUCGCUGCACGGUUCUCCUGGCCACCCAAGACCGUGCUGCUAGCUUGCAUAGUGCUGAUGGAGAUUAUUCCAAUAUACGGGUUGAUGGGAUACAUUCCGCUUAUCAAGCGUGCGGGUGUGGGCGGAUUGCAGCAGCCAUGGGAGAUUUAUCCCUUGGGUGCUCUGCACGGCUUCAUCAUGGGCGGGAUAUCGUCGUAUGCGAGGAGCGUGUUUGCGCCGCUGAUUCCCGAGGGGAGAGAGGCGGCCUUCUUUGCCCUGUACGCGGUCACGGAUAAGGGAAGUAGUGCUAUCGGGCCCGCGCUCGUUGGGUGGAUAGUGGACCGAGCCGGGAAGAUUCGACCGGCCUUUGCGUUUCUGGCCGGGCUGGCGGUUCUGCCUGGGCCAUUGAUAUGGUGGCUGGAUAUGGAGAGGGGACGGGCGGAUGCGGAAAGGUUGGCAGUUAGGGUAGAUCGCCAGACAUUGGAGGAGCAGGAAAUGAGUCAAAAUUUCGCCGUUGAAGAUUGAUUCCUGAAAGGUUUCGCAUUGGGAUUUGGCGCCUUGUUGAUUUAAGGGUAUAUAUGAGGUGGCACGAAGUCACGGUUUAUGACAAUGACAUGAUGACGGGACAAUAUUAUCGAUCG